CGACAACAUUGUAAAAAAUUAGAAAGUGUUUAACGUUUUGAAAGUGUAUUGUUCUUGUUUUUUUUUUAUUACAUUUAUUAAUUUGCCUAGUUACUUUAAUUUUGAUUUAAAUUUGAAAUGUAAAUAUUGCUGACAGUUUUAUUUGUUGUGAUUGUUAUUAUUCGAUGCAUAAAUGAGAUAAAUUACCAAGUAGAGACAGGUUAUGUUUUUCCUAAAUACCCAGGAGGUGCAAUCAAGUUCUGAAAAUGUACCUGGUGUACAGCAAUCACCAGAGGGACAAGAGGAAUAUAAUAUAGAUAUACCACAGGAAGAUAUUAUUACAAAAUUUUGGAAUUGCCGCAUUUUGAAACAUCAUAAACUUGUUCAAGAAGACCUCUAUGUUAGGAAUGGAAUUAUUAUUGACUCUGAACAGUUGUUUUAUAGUGAGAAAAGAACCCCGCAUUUCGAUGUUGAUUGUAAGGGAAUGAUUGUUGCCCCUGGAUUAAUAGAUCUUCAAAUAAAUGGUGGUUUUGGUUAUGAUUUUUCUUAUUACAAAGACACCGAACUAGCAGUCAAAACCGUAUCGAAAAAACUAUUAGCACAUGGCGUCACCUCAUUUUGUCCCACAGUGGUCACAUCACCCUACUACAUUUACCAUGAUAUUUUACCGAAAAUAAAGAGACAGAAAGGGGGCCGACAUGGUGCUGCCGUUUUGGGAGUCCACGCCGAAGGACCGUUUAUUAAUAAAGAAAAAAAGGGGGCUCAUCCUGAGAAGUUCAUCACAGAUCACAAGGGGACAAUGUUGUCGAUUAAAGAAGCUUAUGGUGCUGGUUACGAAAAUAUUUGUAUUUUAACAUUGGCUCCCGAAUUAAGGCAUUCAGAUCAAAUUAUACGAAAACUUAAGAAAGAUGGCAUAGUAGUAUCUUUAGGUCAUUCCAUGGCUAACUUAUCUCAAAGUGAAAGUGCAGUAAAACAUGGUGCUUCCUUUAUAACUCAUUUAUUUAAUGCUAUGUUAUCGUUUCAUCAUAGAGACCCCGGUUUAAUCGGACUUUUAACAUCUGAUCAAGUAGAUCUAGACAAAUUAUUUUAUGGUAUAAUAUCUGAUGGGAUCCAUACUCAUCCGUGUGCUUUAAGGAUCGCGUAUAAGGCACAUCCGAAUGGUUUGGUUUUGAUAACAGAUGCUCUUUCUGCACUCGGUUUAACUGACGGAAGGCACAAAAUUGGUCAAAUGGAUAUAGAAAUUAAAGGUGGUAUUGCCUUUGUAGCAGGCACUAACACCCUUUGUGGCAGCGUUACUAGUCUAUUGGAGUGUGUGAAAUUUUUCCACAAGGCCUCAGGUUGUUCUAUGGAAUUUGCUUUGGAAUGUGCUAGUUUACAUCCGGCCAAAGUAUUGCACAUUGAAAAAAACAAAGGCACUUUGAACGUUGGCGCAGAUGCGGAUUUUAUUAUUUUAAAUGAUUAUUUUGACUUAAUUUCGACGUGGAUUGGAGGAGAUAUGGUUUACAAGUCUGGAAAUUAAUCACCUAUUUAUUUUUGUUAUCGAGA